UAUUAAUUUCAAUAUCAAUUAAUGCCCACAAAAUAUAAAUAAAUAAUUAAAAAUUGAAGUUUGGUGAAUACCUUCAUCAAUGUGUGAUAAUAUAGUAUUGUAUUUAAGAAAGAAAAAAUGGUGGCAGUCUUUUGUUGACAAGACAAAAUGUUUGAAUGUUGAAAAGUAGGAUGUUAAUUUGUAUCAGUAAAUUCAUUAUUAAGGCAUAAUCGCUCGCUAAUUUGUUGCACAGAAAGCUAAUCAUGGCAAAUAAGCCCGUCAAAUACUUCCUGGUUGAUGCAUUUACCGACUCCGCAUUCAAGGGGAAUCCGGCGGCGGUGUGCUUGCUGGUGGAGGAGAGAGAUGAUGAGUGGCUGCAAGCGGUGGCGCGUGAGUUUAAUAUUUCGCAGACUUGCUUUCUGACUCGGCUCACCGAGUCGGCCGACUCAGUAGUCGCCUCUGUUCCCAGGUUUCGCCUCCGUUGGUUCACUACCGUUGCUGAGGUAAAACUCUGUGGACAUGCAACUUUAGCUGCAUCCCACACCAUAUGA